ACAAUUACCUUUUAUCAACACCAAUAAUAAUGCAGAUCGUCUCUUUUGCCGUCCUUGCCUUCGCCGCUUCCAUCGUUAGUGCUCAAGCACCCGGUGUAUCAAAGCCCCCAGUCUCCAUCACCUCACCUUUGACCGGUACAACCUACACUGCUGGCCAAAAGGCUAUCCUUUCCUGGGUGUCACCUUCUGUUGAUGCUAUUCCUCAGAUUGUUCUCGCACAAGGUCAAAGCACCGCUCUUCAACCCGUCACCACCAUUGCCACCAACGUUUCCACCACCGGAGGUUCAUACACCUGGGAUAUCCCUGCUGACUUCCCUCCUGCCAACAACUAUGCUUUCGAGCUCGGCAGCUCUCCCAACAUUGCUUUCACCGGUCUUUUCGAAAUCAAGGGACCCAACGGUGAGACCGGAGGCAACAACACCAACGCUGCAACCUAUGCUGCUGGAGCUAAUGCUACCCCCGCCGCCUCUGGUGCACCCGCCAUGGCCAGCCCUCCAUCCAGCAACAGCGGAUCCUCUGGAUCUGGAUCUGGAUCUGGAUCUAGCAACACUGCUAACACCCCCAACUCUGGCCAGAUGGCAGGUAGCAACGGUGGUGCCGUUGUGAAGUCAGAUGCUACCAAGGUCAGCGUUGCCGGUGCUUUGGCUGUUGCCGCCGGAAUCGCUUCCGUUUUCAUGUUCUAAGGAACGUCAGAGUCACUUUUCAUUCCUCCCAUUCUAUCUCCAACAACAUGGAAGAGUUCCUUUAGCGUCUUUUUUAUCCUACGUACCAAUAUUGCAAUCCUUGUUUUCUUAAUUGUGGCAGGUAAUAGAAGUGAAACGGCUCCUCAUACUUGCCCCGUAGUCCACCUUCACUAGUCAAUCUCAUUUUCCGCACGUCAGUCAGCUUCACGUCCAUUCUUUUUUUUUUUUUUAACAUAAUUGUACUUCCAAUGGUUUCCGAGCUUGAUAUCGGUCUCCAUUUAGACUUAUUCAUACUACCGACUUCCUAUGCAAAUUGAAAUAAAACCAUUCUGUCGGCAUCAGGGAAUACGUCGAUAC